AUGAGACCCCUUUCUUGGCUUGCUACUCUCGGCUUGGCCGUGGCCUCUUCCGGAGUGGCCGCCGAGUAUGCAUCAAAACCCACCAUCCUCAUCGUCUCUGGAGCUUUUCACACCCCUAAACACUUUCAGCCUUUGAUGAAUCUGCUCGAAUACUCAGGAUACGCUGUCCACAACCCUCGGCUGCCCAGCAAUGCUGUUCUUCCUCCAGAAGAGUCACACUACCGUGACAUUGACGUUGUGAGGGGGAUCGCUGAGCAGCUGGCUCAUCAAGGAAAACGAAUCAUUGUCUUGAUACACUCAUACGGCGGCCUUGUCGGAACCAACGGUCUUGCCGGCUUGGGAUUGCAAGAGCGUGCUCGCAAGGGUCUUGACGGUGGCAUUGAGUGGCUGGCAUACAUGACCGCCAUAGUCCCAGCAAAGGGAUAA